AGAGCACGAGUAUCUCUGCCCCGCGGUGUCUCGAAUGAUUUGUGGGCACCUAGAUUCGUACCCGCUCCCUGUCUCCCUCAAUGCGAGCGAGCGCGCGUGCGACUCCGCAGCAUCAAGGCAGCAGCAGCAGCAGCUUCAAAUGAUCGCCCAGCAUGGAACGCGACAUUCCCUUCUCCUACCAUCGCCUUUACUUUAACCGUUAGCAUGUCCCCAAGAAUAUACGAUUCCUAACGACCACUUGCCUUACCUCGUUUCACGAGAAUUGGUCUUGCAUGUUUUUUUUAAAUUUUUGCUCUUUGGCUUUUUAAUGGAAAAUGGCGAUAUGUUCACAGUCUUGCAGCAUCGCCUGCCUUGUAUCCGUCCAGAUUAUUCUGAUUUUUUGCGUACCAUGGCUUGGAGUAGAGAGUCACAGGUUUCCCCAGCAGUACACGAUAAUGCACUGGGCCAGGCGCAUCGAGCAGGAGAUUGACAGAGUACUGCAGCAUAUCAGUGGAGCCCAGCAGCUUAAGGGGAUCUACAGUGAGAAAAGGAGACAGUACAGUCUGAUGAAGAAUGACCCCCAAGCUAUGGUGGAGAAGGUGGCAUCUGACAUUGAGAAGCUUUUGGCAAAGAAACGCAAGGCCCUCAGUAAGCUGGCCAGCGAGGCAGAGCGCCUGCAGAAGGAGCAUCUCUGGCAGGACAGCAUUAAGGAGCUGGAUAUGAAGUAUUAUGAUUCCAAGGCAGACCUGGACUAUUACUCCAUGGAGGGUGAUAGUGAGCCGACAAACUCGUUGGAGUUAGAGUUUGUUUACGAUCCAAACUUCAAGAACAAUGUCAAUUAUUCAUUCACUGCAGUACAGAUCCCCACAGACAUCUAUAAGGGUGCGCCAUUAAUCCUGAAUGAGCUGAACUGGACACAGGCCUUAGAGAAGGUGUUCAUGGAGAACAGUCGCGAUGACCCCUCCCUCCUCUGGCAGGCUUUUGGGAGUGCCACAGGCGUCACCAGGUACUACCCAGCUACACCAUGGAGGGUGCCUGAUAAGAUUGACCUUUAUGAUGUCAGAAGGAGACCCUGGUACAUCCAGGGGGCCUCGUCACCAAAGGACAUGGUCAUCCUGGUCGAUGUGAGUGGCAGUGUGAGCGGCCUGACCUUAAAGCUCAUCAAGGCAUCAGUCAUGGAAAUGCUGGACACGCUUUCAGAUGAUGAUUAUGUCAAUGUGGCUAGAUUCAAUGAGAAGGCAGAGCCGGUUAUCCCUUGCUUUGAGCACCUGGUGCAGGCUAAUGUACGCAACAAGAAGAUCUUUAAGGAUGCCGUAAAUCAGAUGCAGGCCAAGGGCACCACGGAGUACAAGUCCGGCUUUCACUUUGCCUUCGACCAGCUUCUGAACAAAACAAAUGUGCCACGAGCCAACUGCAACAAGAUGAUCAUGUUGUUUACAGACGGUGGUGAAGAUCGAGCUCAGGACAUUUUUGAGCAGUACAAUUGGCCUAACAAGACAGUCCGAGUAUUCACAUUCUCUGUGGGGCAGCACAAUUAUGAUGUCACCCCUUUACAGUGGAUUGCUUGUGCUAAUAAAGGAUACUAUUUUGAGAUCCGGUCCAUCUGUGCCAUAAGGAUUAACACACAGGAGUAUUUGGAUGUUCUUGGACGACCCAUGGUCUUGGCUGGGGAUGAGGCCAAGCAAGUGCAAUGGACCAAUGUCUAUCAGGAUGCAUUGGGCCUAGGACUGGUGGUGACUGGGACCAUACCUGUGUUUAACCUGACUGUGGAGGGCAACUCACAGAACCAACUUAUACUGGGGGUGAUGGGCAUAGAUGUUCAUCUGGAUGAAAUCAAGAAGCUUACUCCUCGCUACAAUCUCGGAGCUAAUGGAUAUGUGUUUGCCAUUGAUCAAAAUGGCUACCUCCUCCUCCACCCCAACCUGCAGGCGAAGGCCGUUGACCUCCCAGAGCCAGUGACGCUGGACUUUUUGGAUGCAGAAGUAGAAGAUGCCAAAAAGCAGGAGAUUCGGCGGCAGAUGAUCGAUGGCAAACUGGGGGAAAUGACAAUUAGGACACUGGUCAAAUCCAUUGAUGAGAAAUACAUCGAUGAGGCUGAGCGAAUGUAUACCUGGACUCACAUCAAAGACACCGACUACAGUUUGGGUCUGGUACUGCCACCCUACAGUGAAUACUACCUUCAGGCGGACUUGAGCGAUGUGAUAUUACAGCUGCAGUAUUUGCAGUCUUUGCUCCCAAACUCGUUUGAGUCGGGCGGGCAUAUUUUCCUGGCACCAAGGGAGUACUGCCAGCGUCUCCCCAUUGCGGAGAACAACACCCAGUUUCUGGCAGACUUCAUCUCCUUUGUGGUGAACCUGAGACCAGACUCGGAGGACUGUAAUCAAGACCUCAUUCACAACCUUCUUUUGGACUCAGAAAUCAUGUUUCAGUUGGCUACAAGGGUGUGGAAGAGCAAAGACCUCGACACGUAUGGCUUCCUGGCGUUGUUUGCAGCUACAGAAAGUGGGAUAACACGUGUUUACCCCAAAAUGGCCGCUGAUUCAUGGGAUGAAGACCCAGAGCCCUUCAACACCAACUUCUACCGCCGGAGCUUGGACAACAAGGGCUACAUGUUCAAGGCUCCCUCUCGUGUUUCCAUGGAUGACCCCCUGACCUCUGAGAAUGGCACUGUGGGUAUUCUGGUCAGCACUGCUGUGGAGGUGUCAGUCGGGGGCAGGACUCUGAAGCCGGCAGUGGUGGGAGUGAAGCUGGACCUGGAGGCUUGGGUGGACAAGUUCAAGAUCUUGGCCAGCAAUGUCUCUGACAAUCGUCAGGGCCCUCAUAAGUGUGGGCCUUCCAGAAGCUGUGAAAUGGACUGUGAAGUAAACAGUGACGAUCUGCUCUGCUACCUGAUCGAUGAUGGGGGUUUCCUGGUUAUGUCCAAUCAGAGAGAUCAUUGGAAAAAGGUGGGACUGUUUUUUGGCGAUGUGGAACCCUACCUGAUGCACGCACUGUACGAGAGCUCCAUCUUUGGUCGUCACCAGACCUUCCAGUACCAAUCUGUGUGCGAGCCCAGUACCAGCAGCCACACCGGGGCAGCCCCCAGGGGCAUCUUCGUGCCCUCCAUAGCUGACUUUCUCCGACUAGCUUGGUGGUCUUCAGCAGCUGCGUGGACUCUACUCCAGCAGAUGCUCCAUGUACUUGCCUAUAACAGCUGGUUCAAUGUUGAUGAUGCCAUGGCUGACAGCUUCGACUCAAGAGGGGGCAGUAGCUGUGUGACCAUCCAGAGCCAGUUCUAUUUCACUAACACUACCAAUACCUACGACAUGCUACAGGACUGCGGAAACUGUUCAAGGUUGUUCCACUCCAAACGGAUCGAGAACACCAACCUGCUCUUCGUGGUGGCCGAGACCCUGCCCUGCGGCAGCUGUGAAGUGGAGCGGCUGACCCUCCUCAAGACUGACUUUCACGAGGAGAACCCUUGUGAAGUCCUGAACGCUUCCCGCUAUCGCAAAAAUUCAGCGAAGUGCUUUGACUACAACACACUGGAGAACACAACGGAGUGUGGAGGAGGCUACUCUCUCCAAGCCUCCUUUGGCCUCCUCAUAUGGGUGAAGAUCAUUUCAUAUUACCUCACGGGCAGUUCUUGAAUGGAGGCCAGUCAGAGAGAACUGCCAUUUGUCUUCUUUCUGCUGUUACAUUUCCCAUGUCCUCCUCCCCCUCUUUUUGUCAUCUUUCAAGUUUUUUUUUCGACCCUGCCUCUUCCUCUCAAGUCCAGUAUUAUCCACAUUAUCUUAUCCGAGAGAACUUUUACAGGAAAUGUAAGUUUUGAUGGAAAAAAAAAUGUGUUGCCAUAUGUGUUAGAUAUACUCUGAACUUUGCUUGCCAAAUUGAAAACGUUCAAGGGGAAAUGGGAAAAGUCUUUAAAUUCUCAUUAGCAAGUCUGACUUGGUUAUGAAUAAGCAUUAUAAAUAAUGAUAAUAUAUUGUGCAUUAUGCAUUUUGUGCAGUUAUUUAAAUUGUUCUUUUUGGUUGUAGUUCUAGAAUGUCUGUUUUUUUCUUCCAGAAGGUUGCCAAAGUCAGGCUUCUGUACGUUUUCUUUUGUUGUUUGUUUGUUUGUUUUGAGGAGUGGGGGUGUGUGGAAAGAGUAUUUUAAGCAUCUCACCCUUUUUCUCUGGCUCAGUUCCUUGACUGGUGGCGCAAACCUAUCAUUUCUGGUUUUCAAAAAGGAUUUGUGAAGAUGCUGAAAAUAUUUUUGUGUCAGUUUUUGCAGAAAUGUUUCUAGAAUGUUUCAUAGGACGUGUAUAUAACGUCUGCCUGGUGUGCCACCCAAACGUGCCUUGGUGCACUGCUCUCCCGUUGGAUGGAUGUGGAUAUUGGCUGUGGUAAUUUGGCUUCCAGAGUAUUCUGAGGACCUUGUUCACCAGUAAAGCACUUUGUAGGAACGCUAGUCACAACUUGUGACAAGAUCAAUCCUAGACCAUGUGCAAAAUGUGCCCAGGACACCAAGAGCUUGGAUAUAUAUGUAUCGCCUCCCUUCAACAAGAUACACAACUGUGUCUUCAUACAGAUGAACAAAACAAGACCUGGUGGACCUUCGGCAGUCAUGUAAAUCUAUGCCUCAGAUGUCAUGCUGAGGGGAAUGUGUGCAAGAUUGGAAUGAUGGCUGGGAAUGGGCAAUAGUGUCUGGUGUAGUCCUCUUGUAUGUCCAUGGUGGAGACCAGAGAUGGUUGUUUAAAGGUCUGUGUUUCCCAGUAGAAGCACAGUGCCCUUCCUCUAGGACAGCAAGAUGGACCUAGGACUGAAUUUUUUCUUUUGAAGUAAUGUUUGUUUGGACGGUGAACACAUGAAUAUAUUUGCUGCAUGAUUAAAGGGAAGAGGUCUGGAAUGUUUAGAUAUUGAGAAGCACGUUUUGAAGUUACCCUAUCCACUGUUUCCAGAGAAAAAUCGUGAUCAUUUUUCAGAAUUUGUUUCUUGAAGGAAGAUCCUUAUUUGUAUUGUGCACACAGUGUGGGCCAACUUCAUGAUCUGUGUUAAAGGGUGAUGUGUAGGGGACACAGUUUAAACCUUUUGACUUCGGGCACUAUAUUUUAACCCAGGUGUCAUGUUUACUGCAUUUUGAUUGGCUACAAGUGUUCCGCACUGAUCAAGAUGGCUGUAUUGCAUGUUGUGAAUACAGAGACAGUGAAAUGCAAACAGUACUGACCAAAUCAGCUUUACUGUUUCUAAGCACAGUCUAGCUUUAUUUAAAUGUUACUCCAUUAACUUGAUAUUUUUGCCAUUUUAAUGAGGGAGGCCUGAUUUUUAUUUAUUUUUUCUGAACCUAAAUGAUGGAUGUGAUCGAAUGCCCCGUGCAUUCCUGUGUAUUAUGAGAAUAUAGUAUACAAUUUCAAAGCCAAGAUAAGAUGAUGAGAUCUACAGGUGAGAAGUUGUAAAAGGCUAGUUGUACAUAGUGGUACAAUUUUACGGGAUUAUUUAUUUUAAAUUAUUCUUUGCUCUUUAACCUUGGCUGAGCGUUUGUGUGUGAAAUGUGAAUAUUCAAACUGUGACAGUGCGUUUACGCUUGCUCUCUUUCGCUGAAUCCUAAUCUCUCUUUGCAUCAUGCAGAAGGAAGAUACAUUUUUCUAUAAAGGUUUUCAUUAGUGUUGUAUGCAAUUGAAGAUUUGCGGGGGCUCUUUGUCCCUCUUUGUUUAUUGUCAUGUUUUUAAUGAUGUUGUUGUUUGUAAAGAGGCACAGCACCUCUUUUCAGUCUUCCGUCUCACUUCAUUUUUUUGUACAGAGGCACAAAACAAUGGAGGAAAAAGGCUAACUUUGUAACAUAACGUGUAGGUCACAACAAUGUUUAUAAGAGAUUGGUGAUUUAAAGAUGUCAUAUUUUUCACUUCAA